CACUGUUAAAAGGUCUCACGAGAGGCACACCCAGCCUUCAGCGGGUGGGAUGGAAACGCGGCGAGCACUCUCGCGAGACCUGAAGUAACCACAGCUGCAGCUGCCAAAGGGAGGAGCCGAGCACCGGAAGUCCUUCAUUUGGAGAGCCGGCCCCCACGCCGGAAGGGGCCUGACUUUUCUUUAAAAGAGGCCAUUUUCCCGGAAAUAGGAAGACGCCUACUUGGCUGGAAGUUCCACUUCCUUGAGCUCUCCUCCUCUUCUGGAGGUUUUCCUGUAGCCUGUGCUCGCCUUUGCCCCCUUUCCUUGUUUUAUCCUUAGAGUAGAAAAGAAUGCUUUUAGUGUCCUAGUUUCGCCGAACUGGUUGAGUAUCUCGCUCCCCACGGUGAGGCUCCUGCCUCACGCCCCCGUGUAGCUGGGAAGGUGGGAACCAGGCAUGUUUGGACUCCGGGGACGCUGAAGGAAGGGCAGAGAGAGGACACAGAGCCCCUCUUCUGCACCUGCUACCAGACUAGGUCUCCUCUAGUCUCGCCUCCCGCCGCCAUGCACCCCGCGGCCUUCCUGCUUCCCAUGCUGGGAGCCACCGUGCUGUGGGGAGCGGCCCCCAUCCGGGGGCUCAUUCGAGCCACUUCAGGCCGCAAUAACAGCAUGGACUUUGCAGACCUGCCAGCUCUCUUUGGGGCUGCCUUGAGCCACGAGGGACUUCACGGGUUACUUGUGGAGGCCCAGCCCGCCAACGCCUGCAUGCCCAUUGCCCCGCCACCCCCGGUCGCGGCCAACGGAUCGGUCUUCGUUGCACUUCUCCGAAGAUACGACUGCAACUUCGACCUCAAGGUCCUGAACGUUCAGAAGGCUGGGUAUGGGGCCGCUGUGGUACACAAUGUAAAUUCCAAUGAACUGCUGACUAUGGUGUGGAGCAGCGAGGAGGUCCAGCAGCAGAUCUGGAUCCCGUCUGUGUUUGUUGGGGAAAGGAGCUCCAGGUACCUGCGUGCUCUGUACGUCUAUGAGAAGGGAGCGCAAGUGCUCCUGGUCCCAGACAAUAACUUCCUCCUGGGCUAUUGCCUCAUCCCUUUCACAGGGGUGGUGGGACUGCUGAUUUUGGCCGUGGCAGCAGGGCUGAUAGUUCGUUUCAUCCAGCACCAGAAACAUCUCCAGCGGAAUCGACUGACCAAAGAGCAACUGAAGCGGGUUCCUACACACGACUAUCAGAGGGGAGACCGGUAUGAGGUCUGUGCCAUCUGCCUGGACGAGUAUGAGGACGGAGACAAGCUGAGGGUCCUUCCGUGUGCCCAUGCAUAUCACAGCCGCUGUGUGGACCCCUGGCUCACCCAGACCCGGAAGACCUGCCCCGUCUGCAAGCAGCCUGUUCAUAGCGGCCCUGGAGACGGGGAACAGGAGGGAGAAACUCCGGGGCAAGCAGGUGAUGAGGAAGGGGAGCCAAGGGACCAGCCCGCCACAGAACGGACCCCGCUUUUGGGCUCCAGCCUCGCGCUUCCCACAUCCUUUGGCUCCAUAGCCCCAGCCCCCUUUGUUUUUCCUGGGUCUUCAAUAGAUCCAUUGCCCUCCCCAUCCUCCUCUCCCUCUUCUGCGGCCGUCCUGGUCUGAUACCCCCCUCCCCCCACCUCUGGCCACCUAUCUGCACAGCCCCUGUCCCUGCCUUCAGUCUAACCUUGUGAGGGUUAGGACGCAUUUCCACCGCAGGUUUCUUUCUCCUUUACUCAACCCUAUCCUUUCGAGGGGGCUGGGGGUGGAAAGGGACGGGGUCUUCGCUUACUGGGCUAAUAAAAUUGUUUUUGUGGAGUGAAAACAAAAAGUCAUUCAGAUAAGUGCGAAAGCCAUAGGUGAAAGCUGUCAAAGGCAAUUUGAAAGAGCGUAUUUUAGUAAUUCGUGCCAAGGGUGACCAAAAAAAAAAAAAUCAGAAACGUUAUCUUAAAUCCCUCAGAGUAUCUUAAUUUACCUCGGGAUAUUAACAUUUUACAUUUGGCCUUGAUGCAAGUUCUCCUAUCUGUAAAAAUUUCAGCGCAUUUCUUUUAACCAUUUUUGAGAGGGGUGGAUAUUAAUUGAAUAAAUGACUCUUAUCUAAAUGUUGAAUUAUCGUCAGUUAGUGCCUCGAGAGUGCAAAACUGUUGAAAUGUCCAUGGGGUCAUGACAAAAAAUAACUAGGUUGCAGGUCCCCUGUCCUCUGCUCUUCUUAUGUGUUAAGUGCCUGUGUAAACAUAACACGUUUAAUUGCUUUACAGCAUGUGGUCUUUUAGUAUUCAGAUAUGGCUAAUUGGGGUGGAAUUUCAGGAGGAUGCGUUUUAGCUUUGUCUUUUGUUUAAAUGAAGGACCCAUGCCACACGACAUGCUUUUCACCUGAGAGAGGUGACUGUUAGGCCAUAUUUUCUGUGCGUGGAGCUCCCUAUGCGUAAUUCAGGAGUUAGCUAAUACCCUUCCUUUUUAGAAAUUAAGGUCAUUUUCACCUUUUAAUGAUUGUUCUUAUUAGCUAAGCAAGUUCUUAUUGUAUGCCUGCUUUCAGCUCACCUCCGACUUCCUGAUCCUGCAUUGAUAAUGCAAAUGAUUAAAUACUCUGUUAUUUGGAUUAGAAUGUUCUCUUUCAUGCAAGCCUUGAAAUAACUUUUACACGGAAGGACUUCUGCAUUGGAAAACAGAGUCAGUAGUCAUGAGAAAAUGGAAUAUUUAAGUGAACGUAUAGUUUUAUUUCGAUAAAGAUACAUGUGAAAUCACGGUUUUAGAACUGAGACGGUUCUGUUAAGGCAAUUGCAAAUAUUAGUCCGAUGGAUGAUCUGUUCUGUUCAUUAAUGUUAUGCUCCAGGUUUUUAUUUCAAUAUUUUUCACAAUGUGCAUCUUUUGGCAUGAGAUUCUAUUAAAAUGUGUGCAUUGAUGAGCAUUAGACAAUCUUGAGGGCUGCACAACCAUGGGAUCUCCAAGGAACAGACGCUGAGGUGGAGUUUUGUGUUUAUAAGUUGGUUGAGGAGUGAAGGAAGCAGAACUGGGCAGAGGUAAGAGUUGAAGGU